ACGUAACUCGACGUGACGCGACGUGACUCUAGAGGGGAUAGCAGUCUCGUGGACGAGCGAUGCGCACGUUCGCGACAGUCUCGAGAUAUCGGAACGGAUCGACUCGUCGAGGGGUCGAACAGGCUCGGGUUAAGGUUUGCGGGUCUUGCUAGGUUAGGGCGCGUUGAUGCGAGUUCAUGCGUGCAUCUCGGGUCGACGUCGAGGUCUUGUCGGCGGAGCUGCUCGCCGCCUUCAGGUCGCUCCUCUGGGGUGAGUCCUUGGCCCGCUGGGCUCUCCCGGCCCAGGAUUACGGAGAGAUGUCUAUACGGACGGCUGCCUACCGUCUCAUACAAAAUGGUCGGGUCCUUCUACGCUCUGUCAGAAAUCCGGAACAUAGGUACAAUAGCUACAAUCCCGGGAGCCCGUUCGGCAAAAUACACGUUGCGCAAGCAGGAAGGUCCCAGGGCCCGUUGCCCGAGGGUGGCAGCAAUGUCGCAAAGAACACAGGUCAUCUUAGCUUCUUUGGAGCCCAAGCUCGACGCCUGUUUGUUGAUAAUAUCUUAAAACGAGUGACAAACAGCCUCGCUGCAGAUCUGCGAAGACGUGCAGCCAGUCGUCUUUUGUUUGGCGAUUCUGCACCGUUCUUUGCACUCGUUGGAGUAUCAUUGGCUUCUGGUACUGGGAUUCUUACAAAGGAAGAUGAAUUGGAAGGUGUCUGUUGGGAAAUCAGGGAGGCUGUAUCGAAGGUGCGGUGGAACAAACCGUGUAACGACAAGAAUUACGAAAGGACCAUGAAUGAAGGUAACCCUGCAACCUUAAAGGACUUUGUAAUAGGUCCGAUCAUAGCUAAAGGUUGCUCCGCAGUAGUUUAUGCGGCACGUUUAAAGGAUUCUAAUCAGUACUCAGAGAACCAGGAGGUAACAUUGGAUGAUAAAACCUCUGGACUAUUUUCUUUCCCUUUGGCCAUUAAAAUGAUGUUCAAUUACGAUGUCGAAUCGAACGCUUUUGCAAUCUUGAGAGCCAUGUAUCGAGAAACUGUACCAGCCAGAAAGCAAUAUCAGAAUGAAGAGUUAGCUGAAUGGGAGCAAAAGAUGGCUAAUAGUAGAAGAUCGUUACCACCUCAUCCGAAUAUUGUUGCGAUGUAUUACGUUUUCGCCGACAGAGUGCCUUCUCUGCCUGGUUCAUCGCGAAUGUAUCCAGAUGCUUUGCCUACACGAAUCAACCCAGAUGGGUCUGGCAGAAAUAUGAGUUUAUUCCUUUUGAUGAAAAGGUAUGAUGUUACUUUGAAACAGUAUAUGGCAAACCGAGAAGUGAACACAAGAGAAUCGAUCUUAUUGCUGGCUCAACUGUUGGAGGGAGUGGCCCACUUGAGCAGUCACGGUAUUGCACACAGGGAUCUUAAAAGUGACAAUAUCCUCCUUGAUCUUUCCGAGGAGUCCGAUAAUUGUCCUUCCUUGGUUAUCACGGAUUUUGGUUGCUGCCUCGCAGAUAAAACUCACGGCUUGUACUUACCUUAUAAUACACAUGACAUCGACAAAGGUGGCAAUGCUGCCCUUAUGGCACCGGAAGUGGUAACUGCAGAACCAGGUCCUUUCACUAGCAUUAAUUACACCAAGGCUGAUCUAUGGACUGUAGGAACGAUAGCAUAUGAGAUAUUCGGCUUAAAGAAUCCAUUUUAUGGAGACGGUACUGAAAGUGCACCGCUGAAAAAUUACAAUUACGAUGAGGCCGCACUUCCGCCACUUCCUGAGUCCGUUCCACUAAUCAUAGCUGCGGUGGUUAAAAAUAUGUUGAGCCGAAGCCUUUACAGACGGCUCAGUGCAGAAAUGGCAGCUACGAUAAUGCAACUCUAUCUUUGGGCCCCGAGCUCGUGGUUCCGGAACGAGGGUAAAAUUCCGUCCAGUAAUGAGAUUCUGCAGUGGCUUCUGUGCUUGACCACAAAAGUUCUCUGCGAAGGACACGUGAUUACGUUGAAUCAGCCUGAAACACUUUACGAGAAAGAGAAGCGUGGGCACAGUGGACCGCAAACUUACAACAGGACAAUGUCAACGCGUUCCUGUGGACGUCGCACAAUGCCGGAAUAUCAGCUGAUCGCUAGUUUCCUCGGUAGAGUCACUCUCGGUAACGUCAGAGAUGGCUUUAAGUGGAUACAAAAUAACGCUUAAGGUUUUCAUAAACAUAUUAGAUCGUUCGAAGCACGUUUAUGCUACGGAUAACAUCGGGAAGUGGACAUCGUCCCUUGCUCUCGUUAAAUCUUAGUCGAAAGUUGAAGUAAUUAAUUCGGGUUAACGGCUGUGUCGCAAGAGUAACGAAUCAUAAAGUUCAUCCUUUAAGGUUUCUGCAGCGAAAAAAUGAACUCUUUUCUCUGCAGUCUUGCUUCUGCUUUCACUUUUUAUAACAUUGCGGAUACAUAUCGAAGGUUGCUAUCUUGUUCCACGAAAGAUUAUUCAAUGCAAAUUUUAGGUAGAUUAUUAUAACGUUCGUUCAGUCGUUUAUAUUUCAUGCAUGCAGCCAUUCUUUUGUUACUCGAGUGCCUUUAACCUCAACAAGGAUUUGGGAUUCGUUUUAUUUUUAGCUCUGUUAUUUGAUUAACAUGUUUAAUAAUUUCUAGUCUUAUAUUCGUUCUAAGAAAAAUGUUAAUGCAGUCGAAAUUCAGGGGAACCGAUGAAAAGUCGAACGAUGUACUCACGCUCGAAUGUGUUUAUUGGCGCGCGAGAAACUUAAAACUUCUUUACUCGAUUUGCGUUUUAGAUCGUACGCUAUUCGUGUUGAAUUACUUAAAUCUUCAAGGCUGUGUGUUGAAUCGUUAUCUUUGCGAUUGAAAGUUAUAUGUAAGCGAAUAGUGUAAAUAUGUAGUUACAGUCUCGCCACGCGCAAGAGCGAAGUGCUAGUAUAAAAGAAAUCAGAAGUAAACUUUGUACAUAUAA